AUGGCUAUCCAUAAUCGCGUCCCCAGCUCACCUACCCCCGACAAAAUCUUCCUCGAAGCGUGCGACAUAUACUUCCGCCAUUGUCACAACAAGCCCUACGGAUUUUUCAAUGCAGAGCUCUUUCAUCACAAGGCGACAAGAAACCAAGUACCCUUGUACCUUCGACUUGCCCUAAUCGCUACCGCCACCCGUUAUUCGUCCCGAUCGCAAUGGAAAGAACGAAAACAGAGCACGAUCGAUGAUUAUGCGCGAUGUGCGUGGGAGUUGAUCACGACUUCGCCAGAUGCACUGGGUGAAAAUGAUGAUGUUUCUGUUAUUCAAGCCCUCGCGCUGCUGGCAGUGAUCGACGCGACUGCCGGUCGGCGUCGAAGUGCAUGGGUAAAAAUUGGAAUGGCAGUCCGGAUCAGUCAAGAUUUGCAGAUGAUGUUGGAACCUAGCACUUGUCUCAGUGAGAUUGAGCGAGAAGAGCGUCGGAACCUCUUCUGGUCGUUAUAUCUCCUGGAUCGCUUCGUGUGUUGUUCAUUUCAAAGGCCACCGGCUAUCAAAGACUCGGACUGCCUUCUCAACCUGCCGACAUACCAUGGUCCGGGAAAACGGGCGGCAUCUAUUACUUUAAGUGGACUUCUGGAUGACAAGGUUCGAAAUAUGACUUUCAGACCCGGAAUGUUCGGUAUCAGCAUCGCCUUAGCAGCCGCUCUCGGGCGAACGGUCAAAUGCAUGAUGAACAAGGACUCCAACGCAGAAGAACCGUGGCAUCCCGGCUCAGAGUAUGGCUCCAUUUACUCCGACCUGGAAUUUUUGAAGGAGCUGGCUGUGAAGAAUAGCCCCGUCAUUGCCGAGCCGGGACGGUCUCGCUCUCCAAGUGAAAUGCCGGAUGGGGAUCGUGAACAGAUUGCACAUAUGGUUCUCUCACACACCUUAUAUCAUCUUUCCCAUUGCAUUCUCAGCCAUCCGUUUCUUCUCGGCAUGAAACUGCAGUCCUUGUCUGGCUCUGACAGGCCGUCUGCUUGGUUAGAAGAAACCCGCAGAACGUCUUUGAUACAUGCUGGAUCUCUGGUUACGGUGCUGGUUGAGGCAAAGGCUGCUGGAUAUAUGCCAGUUCCAUCUGUUUACAGCUACUGCAUUCUGGUGGCUAGUACCAUACAUGCGCUGCAUCUUCACAGUAGCGAUGUGUCUAUCAGUAGAAGUUCAGCAGAGUACCUGAAAACGUCGCUCUACUAUUUAGGGGAGAUUUCUGAGUUAUGGGAAAAUGCUCAGAUGAUGGCAAACGCAUUAAAAGCCUUCGCCUUCCAAUGUGCACGAUACAGUGACAUACUCCUCCACAACAACCCGCGAAUCGAAGAACUCACCGAGACCGAAAUGACAAUCCUCAGAUCGGUAGUGGACUAUUGGACAAUGAUGGACCCUCAGAACCCUGUCUUUGAUCUGAUGCCAUCGGAUCCAGAUAACUUCUCAGAUGUUCUUGAUAAAACACAUGGAUACUUGACUCCUUCAUCACCUUCUUUGGCUGAUGAGAUGACGCUCGGAGUGAGCAUGCCUGAUCUCAUCGUCCAUAAAGGAUCCCACUCUGCAAAUGUGGAUCCUGACAUUUUGGUUCGCUUUCCACUUUCUGCGAUGUCUCCUAUUGCUUCGGAUGAUGGAAAGUCUCCUGGAUGGGAUUGGGAUACUGAGUUGAAUUCUAUGCAUGAGUAA